GUACACUGGGCCCACCAUCAAGUCGAGGCAGUCCGUGCAGCCCGCCCACUGCAUGCCUUGCUUUUCCCUGGGCCUGGGCAGCAGGAGAGGCCUGGCUCUCGACCUCACCAAGGAGCUCUGUGGGCUGCACGCUCUGUGUUCUCGGUGUCCUUAGCCUGUUCCACUCUCCUCUUCGUCUUCCGUUUUCUCUUCUCCUGGCAAGUUCCAGGGGCUGCAGACAUCCACUCCUCACUGCACUUUCUCAGCUUGUCUCAUCCUGAGUACUCUUCAGACUUCACCGUGCUCUGCCGAAGCAGCUUCAGCCCCUGGCCUCUCCUCUGUGGGCCACAGUGCCUGCUUGGCCAGUGUUUUCAGUCCCAGAGGCUAGCAUGCCACCCCCGUGUGCUGGGCACACAGUGCAUGCCUGGAGAAGCCCCAGGCCGUAGGAUGGGCUUCUCCCAGAGGUCGCUCAAGAAGUAACCCCCCUCCAUGCCGUCUGUUUCCACCCUUCAGCGGUGCCAGCAGCCCCCAGCAGCUGGAGCCUGGAUAGCGGAGCCCGAGAGGCCCAGCCCUUCCUGUCUGCCCACAUGGGGCGCGUCCUGGUCCCCCCAGUGCCUCCCCGAAGCCUGCUGCAUGGUCACUACUCCCUACACUUUGACGCCUUCCACCACCCUCUGGGUGAUACACCCCCUGCCCUCCCUGCCCGGACCCUGCGCAAGUCUCCGCUCCACCCCAUCCCAGCCUCCCCCACCAGCCCCCAGUCGGGCCUGGACGGCAGCAACUCCACACUGUCCGGCAGUGCCAGCAGCGGUGUGUCCUCCCUGAGUGAGAGUAACUUUGGGCACUCCUCCGAGGCCCCACCUCGCACCGACACCAUGGACUCCAUGCCCAGCCAGGCCUGGAGUGCCGACGAUGACCUUGAGCCGCCCUACCUCCCUGUCCACUACAGCCUCUCCGAGUCUGCCGUUCUGGAUGCCAUCAAGGCCCAGCCGUGCCGAAAGUUGGACUGA